AUGAUUGCUAUAGGUGGAUCGAUUGGGAACGGCCUCUUUGUUGUUUCAGGUUCAGCACUUGCAAAUGGUGGGCCUGCUGCAUUGAUUUUUAAUUUUAUUAUUACUGGUUUCAUGCUCUUCAAUGUGGCUAUGACACUCGGAGAGCUCAGCGUUGCUUUCCCUGUCUCUGGUUCAUUUGCCAGUCACAGUUCUCGGUUUCUCGAUCGUUCCUGGGGAUUUGCUAUGGGCUGGAACUAUGCUAUGAAUUGGUUGAUUGCUUUACCAAUCGAACUAACAUCAGCUGGACUUAUCAUCAACUACUGGACAAAAUCUGUUAAUAUUGCCGUAUGGAUCACUAUUUUGCUAGUGACACUUCUAAUUAUCAAUCUGUUCGGUGUUCGUGGUUAUGGUGAUAUUGAAUUCUUCAUCUCGAUUAUUAAAGUGAUUGCCGUUAUUGGAUUUAUUAUUCUAGGAAUUGUGCUUGUGUUCGGUGGUGGUCCGAAUCACGAAUAUAUAGGAGGAAAAUAUUGGCAUGAUCCAGGCCCAUUUGCUCAUGGAUUCAAAGGGGUGUGUUCCGUUUUUGUUACUGCAGCUUAUGCCUUUUCAGGUACAGAAUUAGUUGGAUUGGCUGCGGCUGAAACGGCGAACCCUCGCAAGACUAUUCCUCGAGCGACCAAGCAAGUCUUUUGGAGAAUAUUAAUAUUCUACAUUGCAUCGUUGACACUUAUUGGGUUUUUAGUGCCUUAUACAGACUCACGACUUCUUAAUAAAUGUAAUGCCAAUGCAUCUUCAACUUCUGAUACGUCUGCCUCACCCUUUGUAAUUGCUAUUGACGAAGCACGCAUCAAAAUAUUACCUUCGAUCUUCAAUGCCGUCAUUCUUUGUGCUGUUCUUUCAGUUGGCAAUUCUUCUGUUUAUGGAGCAUCUCGAACGCUGUGUGCACUUGCGGAAAAUGGUCACGCACCGAAGAUACUCGCUUAUAUUGAUCAUAUAAAUGGAUCAUAUGUUGAUGCACAUGAUGGCUGUUUGGUUAAAUUUGGUAAUACCUAUUUCCUGUAUGGCACAGUUUAUGGUAAAUGUCAUCAAUCUACCACGAUUUGUGAUGGUGUAUGUGGUUAUUUAAACAACACGUUUGCUUUAUAUACUUCAGCGGAUCUCGUUAAUUGGACAUUGAUCAGUAAUAACGUUGUACCCGAAGUGACUAAGGAUAAUAAUCACACCAAUUAUUGGAUGCCAAAUGUUGGUUAUAAUAGUCGUACCAGACAAUAUGUAAUGAUCUAUUGGUCCAGCAGAUACGGAUUCCAAAAUUCUCUUGUUGCUCUUGCUGUUUCUUCAACACCCUUUGGUCCUUUUGAGAAUGUUCCACCCUUAGUAAUGCAAGGAGGAAAAGUAAUCAGCAGCACUACUGGCCUAUUCAUUGACGAUGAUAAUACAGCUUAUGUUCGGUAUAAUACACGUGAUGCACCUUUGAGACAUGUGAUAGAAAGACUUUCUCCAGAUUGGAUGACAAGUACUGGGCAAUUCUCUAUUAUUUUCGAAAAACAAGAUUAUCCAUGGUUUGAAGGGGGAGGAGUCUUCAAAAGAAAAGGAAUCUACUAUACGAUGUUAGGCGCAGAUUGUUGUUUUUGUCAAUGGGGCGCAGAUGCACGCACAUUUGUUAGUACUGAUCCUCUCGGUAACUGGACCUAUAUUGAUCAGUUAAAUUAUUGUGCUGAUGGAAAAGCUCCACCGGAUCAUGUUUCCGGUAUGACUGUAAAUCCAUGUUCAAUUAAUGAUCCUUAUGGUACAAAUUUCACAGUUCCUGCUCAACAAUUUAAUGUAGCCACUUUACCAAUAUCAUCAGAAGAAACUUUAUACAUGUACUAUGGAGAAAGAUUUCGCUCUAGUAAAGAUGGAAUAAAAGGCCAUGAUUUUCAAGCUUGGAUACCAAUAGAAUUUACGGAGAAUGAUAGUCCAAAACCUAUGAAGUUUUAUGAUAAUUUUACCAUUAACAUUCAAGAAGUAUAUAGUACAGAAUCGUUUUAA